UACUACUGUACUAUUUUGUAGAAUCAGACUUACUGUUAUAGUAUUAUAAUUACGAACCAAUGUCCGGAAAAUCAUCAUUAGAAUCAAGUGAUAUCGUUGGUCAUUUGGAUCCAUACAUAGAACAUUUACGGAAAAAAUAUCUUGAAAGAAAUGAUGACACUGAUGUAAAGGUUUUGGAAACAACCGAUCAGAACACAACUGACAAUGAACCAUUUUCCCAUCUACCCCCCAAUCCAUCCCUGACAGAAAGUGAGCGCAAACACUACAAUCGUGCAAUGAGAGAAUUAGGAAAAGCGUUGAAACUGAGUGAAAAUAAUUUGAGAAGUUCAAUUGCCGAGUUUGAGAAAAGUAUUGUUCCUACUGACGAAGACAAACGAACUUCUACAGGCUCUGGAGAUCGUCAAUGUGCUGCUACUAUUACUGAUGAAACAACAAAUCAAGAUACAGCUGCGGAUAGCGAAAGUGAUGCUUUAACAUGGCCAACUACUUUGCCGUCUACAAUACCUAUAGCAUCGAAAAAAAUCCCAUCUUCUCCAUCAGAAUGCUGGGAAACUGUAAUUCCAUCAUCGUGGAAUGAUCAAACAACAUUAUCUGGAUUAUCGCGUCAGUUCAAUUCGUGUGCCGAACCGGAUAAAAUUUCUGCUGUUGAUGUAAAAGCAAUAUACUCUGAGCUGAUGGGCAUUUAUCAAAAACUUCUUACUGAGAAAAGUAGAAUAGCUGAGCAACAAAUGAUCGAAAAUAGACUGGAACAAAAUUUUGAAAGCCAAGAGAAGGAACUUGCAAUUAGAGAAGCUUUUUUGCUUGAAAAGGAAAAAGAGUUAUUGGAAAGAGAACGUUCACUUUCUCUCGGACUACAGAAUAUGAAAAGAACAAAAGAGAUUGCCGCUAAAUUAGAAGGUGUAGAACUUGAGGUUCAAGAAAGAAUUGACCUUUUACAGCAAGGUCAUCAAUUAGAGGUUGAAAGACUGAAUGCAGCAUUGCUUGAAAAGUCUUGUGAAGUCAAACGUGUGAGAACUUCUUUCAACAUGAUGAAAGACCAAAAUGACGAAUUUAGAAAUAAACUGUCAGCUCUGGGUUUUGAAAAUCAAAAACUGAAAAAUCUGAACUCGAAAUUAACUAAACGUCUGGAAAAUCUUCAGAGAAGACAAGAUUUUAGAGCAUGCAAACCUACUCAUAUUGUUUCCGGGAAUGCAAAGUUUGAGAAAGAAAAUGUUGCAAAGCAGUUUCCAUCAACAAUGAAGAGAAUUUCGGAAAAAGCUUCUCCUAAGCAGUUUGUAGGAAUGCUUGAAGCAUUGUCAGUAACAUUUGAUUGGUUAUCAGAAGUCCAUUUGAAGAGAUGUGACACUAAUGACAUGGCCAUUUCAAUCAGUGUAGAAUAUGCUGUUGAUAAAUGUCUUAAAAUCCUCCCACUACUUGUGGAUGUGGUGAAAAUCCUACCUAGUUAUUCAACACAGAAAAAACAUCAUUUAUCAAUACUUUCAUUUGUCUAUCUCUGUUUGUGUCGCAUCGAUGAAUCACAAAAUGCAUUGUUGUCUUCAACAACACGUAGACUAGGUGAUGAGCUAUACAAACCUUCUCAUGGAGUUUUGAAUUCUCGAAAAGCUUCGUCAGCCUCUCUUAUACUGGCAACAACUGCUUCAUCUACUGCAGUUGACAGUAUACAGAGUCUUAGUUUUGGAGAAAAAACGCAAGAAUUUGCUUCUGAUAAUUCUGUAUAUUUUCGUAGCAAUGUUCCUGAAAUUAGGCUUCUUAGUUGCUUUAUUGUUUUAAAGACCUUACAUCAAGUUGAUGUAUUAGCUCAUGUUUUUGGUCAAAUGAAGAAGGAUUUGAAAAAUGAAAAUAACAGAAAAAUAUUUUUGGAUUACAAUGCAACUCACAUCGUUCUGCCUUAUGUUACAUACAGAGCAAACAAAGCACUGAUAGGAGAUGCAAUCGAUGUCAUUCUACAAAUGUCAAUGGAGUCUGCAUUGUUGCCCGCAUUCCUUGAACAGUGCAGCACAGAACAAUGGUUCCGCACAUUUUCUUCUACACUUAGGAGUGCCAUUGGCUCUCUUGAUAAAAGUUCAUCACCAAACACAGUUAUAAUCGAAAAAUUAAGCAUUAUUCUUCAAAAAUUAUCGAAAGUAAAGACCAAUCGGAAAUACUUUGAUGCUUUCUCGAUGGGGAGGCAUUUGCAAGAAUGCUAUAGAACGUGUGAUCCUAAAAAUACAUUUCUUGUUCUUAACUUGAGAUCUAUUUUAUUCAAUCUCAACUUACUCAAAGACAAUUCCUAAUUGAAAAUUUAUUUACCAAGUUUAUCUCUAAUUUCAAUAGCAACAAAUUGAUGUUCCAAGCGGUAAUUUAGAGAACCUAGACAUUUUGGCGAUUGAUAAAAUUAAAAAUUUAUUUCAUUAUUAAAUAUAACUAAUUUUCUGAUUUUUAACGAACAUUACUGACUUGAAUAUUCUUAGGAAGUAGCUAUAAUGAGUUCGCUGUAUACAAAUAUUUGAAAUCAAGUUUAGAAUGUCUUUAUUAUACCAUUUAUUAUUAACGUAUUCUGUUGUAUUCAAUAGACUCCAUUUUUCUAUGUAAUUUUUUAUAAAUAAAGCUAUUCUUCAGAACAAAAAACAUUGGAAGUGUUUAAAAUUCUAUUGACAUUACGAAGAUUUUUUCUAUAUGUUAUAAAUUACAAAUGUUAAGUUACAAAUAUUUUUGUCUAUACACUUAGCAAUGCUUAGUAUAUAUGUUAUAUAUCUAGUAUGUACUUAUUGUCAUCAGGGUAGACUAGUAGAUAUGUGUAGAUCUUAUACUGUCAUUAUUAAUACUGUACUAUUAUAUUUUCUUCAG